UGGCUGGAAGAAUUAAACUGGCAGCUUCACAUUUCCUUGCUCCUUCUUCUGUCCAUGCACAUGAGGGCAAAUUUUCUUGAUAACAUGCUUUUGCGAAAUUCAAGAAAAUUAAGUGUGGGUACCAAAAAAGAGGAUGGUGAGAGUACAGCUCCCACCCCACGUCCAAAGAUUCUGCGUUGUAAGUGCCAUCACCAUUGUCCAGAAGACUCAGUCAACAAUAUUUGCAGUACAGACGGGUACUGUUUCACCAUGAUAGAAGAAGAUGAUUCUGGAAUGCCUGUGGUCACUUCUGGAUGUCUAGGACUAGAAGGCUCAGAUUUUCAGUGUCGGGACACUCCUAUUCCUCAUCAGAGAAGAUCUAUUGAAUGCUGCACAGAACGGAAUGAAUGUAAUAAAGAUCUACACCCUACACUCCCUCCACUGAAAAACAGAGACUUUGUUGAUGGACCUAUACACCACAAGGCCUUACUGAUAUCUGUGACUGUCUGUAGUUUGCUCUUGGUCUUUGUCAUUUUAUUCUGUUACUUCAGGUAUAAAAGACAAGAAACCAGACCUCGGUACAGCAUUGGGUUAGAACAGGAUGAGACUUACAUUCCUCCUGGAGAAUCCUUGAGAGACUUAAUUGAACAGUCUCAAAGCUCAGGAAGUGGAUCAGGCCUCCCUCUGCUGAUAGGGCACUACACAGGGAAAAAGCUCCGUGGCAGACAGUUGGAAAUCAGGUCUCACUCAGAUGGAGAGCUUCUUGAUAACAUUUUGACAUAUGGCAGUGCUAACAGUGUUUUACUUUACUACUUCCUUAGUGAUACAAAUGAAGUUGACAUACCACCCAACACUAGAGUUGGCACCAAACGCUAUAUGCCUCCUGAAGUGUUGGAUGAGAGCUUGAAUCGAAAUCACUUCCAGUCUUAUAUCAUGGCGGACAUGUACAGUUUUGGACUCAUCCUCUGGGAGGUUGCUAGGAGAUGUGUAUCAGGAGGUAUUGUGGAAGAAUACCAGCUUCCCUAUCAUGAUCUAGUGCCCAGUGACCCCUCCUAUGAGGACAUGAGAGAGAUUGUAUGUAUCAAGAAGCUACGUCCUUCAUUCCCCAACCGGUGGAGUAGUGAUGAGUGUCUACGGCAGAUGGGAAAACUCAUGACAGAGUGCUGGGCUCACAACCCCGCGUCACGGCUGACAGCCCUGCGUGUGAAGAAAACACUGGCCAAAAUGUCAGAGUUCCAGGACAUUAAACUCUGA